AAUCCAGAUGACUUAACAUUUUAGUACUGACUGGACAGAGUUGACAAAAGUGCGUGUUGCUACCGAGGUAAAUUACAGUUUAAACUGAUGCAGGUGUACAUAUCAGCUAACAUGGGACAGGUGUCGCUGUAAGACGCUUGUCAGACUCAAGCGUCCCCAGUUCCCUUUUAACCGUCCUUCUUUACCGUCACGGUAACGGCUAGCUUUACGUUGUAUCAUGUGGGUUUUCGGUUACGGCUCGCUCAUAUGGAAAGUGGACUUUCCUUACGAGGAAAAAAGAAUCGGUUACAUAAAAGGCUUUACUCGCCGGUUUUGGCAGGGCAGUACCGACCACCGGGGGGUACCGGGUAAGCCCGGCCGUGUGGUGACACUGGUGGAGGAUCCUGAGGCGUGCGUUUGGGGCGUCGCCUACAAGCUGCCGACGGGCCGGGAGCAGGAAGUGAAGAGUUACCUUGACUACAGAGAAAAAGGUGGUUAUCAGGUCAUCAUGGUGACCUUCCACCCCCGUCCGCCACUUUCUCCUCUGCCCAGCCAGAUGCUGCUUUACAUCGGCUCUCAUGACAAUCCAGACUACCUCGGCCCCGCCCCUCUGGAGGAGAUAGCAAACCAGAUCGUCGCCUCUACCGGUCCAAGUGGGCGAAACACAGAGUACCUGUUUCAGCUGGCUGAUGCUGUGAGGACAAUUCUGCCGGAGGACUCGGACACACAUCUGUUUUCUCUCGAAACUUUAGUGAGAGAAAGGGUACACAACGAUCAGAAACACUCACACACUCAAACGGGUUGAUCAUGAUUAGAUGAUCAUUAUAACUUGAUCAUGAUAUAUUAUCGGCUGUACUUGUCAAAUCUCAGGGUCUAAGGCAAGCACGGGGUCAACAAGCGUAUUUGUCAGGUACAAGUCUGUCACAAGUGUCACCAUUUUGUCUCGUGGAGAAAAGACCACAAAUAAGAUGUAUUGAAAGAUAAAAAUACAUAAAGGUACUGCAAUUUCAACUACAAAAAUAUUCUUUGAAUGGACUUGUCAACUCUACAAUAGAACAAUGUCAACAAUAUAGAACAGAGCAAACGAUUAACGUUUUGUAUAAAUAUAUUGUGAGUAAACACAUCUUCAUCAAAUAAUCGGUCGUUUUCUUUACAAAGAAAUAAAAACGGAGAAGUAAAAACAUUGUGUUUGCG